AUGUCCACAAUAUCCAUCCAGCCUGGCCAACCCGAAGCCUCCUCCUCGACCCCCUCAAUCGUCCCAAAACACCUAGCAACCUUCGUCUUUGACUCUUCACUGCCCAGAUCGAGAUACAAGAAACUCACAGUGGCAGACGGAGUUGUACAUAAAUUAGUACAAAGGUUGAUGGAGAAGCAUGGCGGAGAGACUAAUUUACGGUUAUGCUUGCUUAUCACUGCAUCUGCAUCGGACAACAGAAAAUCCAGAGUGUUCAGAAAAGAAUAUACAGGACCAUUAGCAUUCUUAACUUCUUUACCCAAUUUCUUGGACUAUUUCCCCAAAUCAGGUAGACAACCAUCCAAAACUCCAAGAUGGCCAUCGUUCUCGGAUGGGACAAGCGAAGAAAGGGGGAAUGCCGAGGGGAUAAGAGACAAGAAACGGAAAAGAACAGAUGAAAUCACAUUGUUAAAUGGCGUCGUCGGCGGAGUGGAAACGCUCAACAAACCAUAUGUGAAUAUCAAACAUUCGCCUUCCCGGACAUUCAUCUCCCUCACCCCAUCUUCAGCUACCCCUUUACUUGACUCGUUACAUGCUCCUCUCUCAACCGGUGAUGAAACUCCCGGGUCACCAGCCAGACGUUAUCUCGUCGUUGUAGCUUCCGACGACACCAGCUCGGAUAACAUCAAAGACCAGCAAGUCGAGGUGAUACUCCCGCACGAUAAUCGGGAUAGUACAUGGGAUGGUCAGGGAUGGCAAGAAUUAGCAAGUGGAAUCAAAGGGAAGGAUAUAAGAUGUUCUUGUGUGGUUGUCGGUCAGUCCGGCGAUGGAGAGACGCCAAGCAAGAAGCUUAAGAGCAUGUGUAAAGAGAUCUCAAAUGGCUCAUCAGAAGCUCCGUGGUUCAGUAUACCUCCGGAAGUGGAUCUAACAUUAUCUGGAUAUUCCAUUGAGUCAGGUUCAACUCCACCUCUGGACAUGGCCUCAACAGUAGCUACCGAACCAAUCGAAACGCCCAUCUCCAAUCCUCAACUGCAAAUUCCUAUGCCAGCGAUCCCAACCGUGAAUGCAGAUGGCAAGACUUUACAGCAGUUGCAGAAUCAAGCGAUGCAAGCUAGAAUGGCCCAAUUCGCCAAAGCUGUAUCAUCCGUUUCCAUGGCUAAUGGUGCUAAUGUCAAAGUCGAUCCUCAAAUGAUGGCAAGCAUGUUACAAGCGAUGAAGAACCCCGGUAAUACACCUAUCGAUAUGACUGAUCCGAAAUGGCAACAGGUCAGACAAUUGCUACAGUUGCAGCAACAACGUCAGAUGGCUGCUUCAUCUAACAAUAAUGCUAUGAUAAAUAUCAGUCAACCUACAUCAUCGGCCAUGCCUCUACCUGUACCGAACGCUGUAAAUACGGGUAUGAAUGGGAAUGGGAAUCCACAAGAUCAGAACGUCAUGGCUGCUAUACAACAACAACGGGCACAACAAGCUCAGAAUUUCGUGCAAAAUCAAAAUCAGUCUUCGCAACAGCAACAGCAGCCUAUCGUCCAGAAUAUACAAGCGCAACAACAGCAACAGUCACAAACACAAUCGCAGCAACAACAGGUCAGACCUGCUCAACAACAAAUCUGGUCAGGUUCACUCUCUUCCGCAAGUCAACCUGGGAAUUACACUCAUCUAUUGAAUCUUGAUGCAUCCAAAUUCUCUGGAAAUUCGGAAGGUAUUUUGGCUCAACAUUGGCCCAAAGAUCUGCAAUUGCGUAAUGUGGUCGUAUUAGAGGUGCAAACUUUGACUGCUUACGCACAAGCGAAGAAUUGUCCUAUCGUGGUGUUUACACCAAGCAUUACGAUGGGUCAGGAUUCCACAGCGAACUCGUACAAAUACACCCAAUUGGCCAAUAGUCUACAUGCCAAGGGCAAUAUGGUGAUCAUACCAUUCGGAACCCAAGAUAGAGGUAUCGUCCUGUUCUCCGCUUCGAUGCCUGUUCAACCUCCCACCCCGAGCGGCAGUAGACAAUAUCACCUGAUGGGUGUGGUGUGUCUGCACGUACCAUUCCCUCCUCUGAAUGCUGCGACUAUACGUACGACACCAAGCCAAGCACCACAACAACCACUACAGCCCCAAGUUCAAGCCGAGCAGCAGAUACCUCAACCCAGACCGCCAGUUCCUCAACAGCAGCAGCAGCAGCAACAGCAACAGCAACAGCAAUAUCGACCUCCCCCUUCUGGGCAGAAUGCACAGAAUACCAAUAACGGUAAUGCCAUGUACCAUCAACAAAUGUUGUUACAAGCUCAAUCGGCUAUGCAGAAUCAGUCUCAGCCUCAAACUCAAUCUCAAUCGCAACAACAACAGCAAUUCGUACCUCAACAACAACAACAACAACAACAACAACAAUUCAUUCCUCAACAGUCUCAGCAGCAGCAACAACAACAGCAACAAGAGAAAAGGGGAAUAAGUCAACAACAAUAUACCCAGUUAAUGCUGCAUGCUCAAAGGUUAGGAUUGAACAUUCAACAAUUCGAUUAUAACAAUAUGACAUCUAAUCAGAUGCAAGCUAUUAUAAAUGGAAUAAAAAUGGCUGAAGCCAAAUUACAACAACAACGAGCACAGGCACAGGCUCAGGCUCAACAACAACAGCAAUUACAACAACAGCAGCAGCAACAGCAACAACAGAUGGUUCAGUUACAGCAGAUGUUGGCUUCGCAAGGUCAGUUUACGGGGGCGGGGAUGGGUGAUGGUCAGGGGUAUUCACAGUAG